GGAAAGACGGAAGGACAAGUUGUAAACAAACACACAUGGUUUUUCGCUCUCCCUGUGAGUGAAAUGUUGGUUUAUUAGCACCCCCCGAAGAGGUACAAGGUACAGUGUAGUUUACACAGGAGCAGACCAGUCUCUUCAGCUCAGCCCUGACUAUCAGCAUGGCCAACCAGGACCAAAAAGAAACUGUUCCAAUUCCUCGUCCGGAGUUGUUCGAUUUCCAUGGUGUGUCAAUGGUUCAUCUCUUCACUGACAACUGGGACAAUGUGCAGAACUUCCAGGCAAAACCUGAUGAUAUUCUCAUUGCAACAUAUCCCAAAGCAGGUACAACAUGGGUAUCCCACAUGUUGGACCUUCUGUAUUUUUGGAAGUCCUCCCCGAAGCGCGGGGUCUCCCUGCCCAUCUAUGAGAGAGUCGCAUUCUUGGAAUCCUGCAUCCCCAAUCUUCCCAAAGGUGUUGAAUUGGCAGAUAAGAUGACCACAUCCCCUCGCCUCAUUAAAACCCACCUUCCAGUUCAGUUUGUGCCUAAAUCCUUCUGGGAACAAAAGUGUAGGAUUGUCUAUGUAGCCCGCAACGCCAAGGACAAUGUUGUCUCCUACUUUCAUUUUGACCGAAUGAACUGUGCACACCCUGAGCCUGGAGACUGGACUAGUUACCUGCAGAGAUUCCAGGAGGGAAAAUUGCCAUGGGGCUCCUGGUAUGACCAUGUGAAAGGGUGGUGGGAGAAAAAACAAGCUUACCCCAAACUCCUCUAUGUACACUAUGAAGAUCUAGCAGAGGACAUGGAUCGAGAGUUGGACCGUGUGUGCUCAUUUCUGGGUGUGUGCCCAACUGAGGAGGAGAGACAGCAGGUGAAAGAAGGGGUGGAAUUUGAUACCAUGAAGAACAACCACAUGGCUAACAACUCCACUGUUGAUGUAUUUGACUUCCAAAUCUCUCCAUUCAUGCGACGAGGGAAAGUUGGCGAUUGGAAGAAUCACUUCACUGUGUAUCAGAAUGGACAGUUUGACAAAGAGUACCAGAAGAAGAUGAUGAAUACCACGCUUCGGUUCCGGACUGAGAUUUAGGCAGGUGUCCAUCACCCAGGAACCAAGCUGGUUAAGGUGAUGUUUCAUAUGCAGGAAGGGUCAGCUUCAAAUGUAAUUUCCUGGCAGUUGAGAAAAAGUUGCACGGAACGUUUUCCCUAAAAUUUAACGUGAAGAGAGAUGAAUAGUGUGUCUGUGAGUCAGACUGAGAAGGCAGACAUCAGGUCUGGACUAACAAUUAUGGUCAAAUUCUCAUUCUUCACUCAUUCAACUUUUCAACAAUAUUCACAUCGAAAGUAUAUCUUUAUGUUGCACAAUAUUUGAUUUUCUUUCGUUUCCUAUAUUUCAGCAUAAUAGCAGAGCGUGGGACAUAUUAUUACACUUUUUGCUCUUUCAUUCAUUUCUUGGGCACAAUACAUCACAUUGGAAUAAAUGUCAUACAAAAUGAAACAAUGAAGUCUCAGGCACAUAUUUUGUAUUCUUUACAUCUUCUUAUUUAAGUACAGAGUUAUAGACAGUUAAGUAGAAGGUAUGCACCUGUGCACCCCCACAGAGCGGUUCUAAAAUCUGAUUGGCCACCCCAGCGCCAUCCCGCACAUAGUCAGUCUGCUCUCACGUAACCAAGAUACAGUUUUUACCAAGACACCCAUUUCCCGUUUUACUGCCUUCGAAAUUUGCAUCAAAAGUGCACCUGUCAGAAGCACCAAUCGCACGUUAUUGGUUGUUUUGCCAGUCAAUCUUUUUUUACGAACACACCGUCUAUUCCGCUUACAGGACUGCCAAAUGUACAGUAAAAAGCCAGAAUCACCAACACAUGACGAUACAGCUUGCAAGCUUGUAUCGUGCAGUUUGUGUAAGCCUCUAAACUUUAUUUUGCUCUUGUCAGUGUGACAGGUUGAAAUAUUGAAUAUGGUGAAUGGUAACGUUACAGUUGAAAUAUCAUUUUAAUGUCAUCAUUAAAUAACAUCAAACUAGUUCGCUUGCUGAUAUGAGCUAACAUUAACUGAAGCUGACCAAAUUGAAAAAUAGUGAAUAGCUAACUUGCUAGUCUCAACAAGAAAUACAUUAUUUGAAUGCUGUGUUUUUUAAAUAUAAUAUGGACCCUUGUGUACUACUAGCUAAAUCAGCUAAAUCUAUAUAGCCAAAUCCUAAGCCUAACUUAUCUAGUUAGUUAGAUAAGGUUUGAAAGAAUGUGUAUUUGCAUAAUAAUAUUGUACCCUCUGUGUAGGUGCUGGUACUUAAUUCUUAUAUUUAAACAUUUUGUGUGACACGUUGAUUAAUGCAAGUACUCAAGACAAUAGUUAAUUCAUAUAGUUUCCAAAAGCUCUUUAAAAUGUUACAUGUAAACAUUCUUCUCAUGUUACAUUGCGACACCCCUGUGUCUGACAAUUGUUUUAAAAGAUUGAAUUUAAAUGAAGAUCGUUUUUCUUA